AUGGCCGUGGCACAACAGAGGCCAGCUCCUACCUAUCAAUCCUUAUUUUUGGGGAGCAAAACAAUUUUUACCAACAACCCCUUUCGUCGCAAAGACGACGAAUCUAAAAAGAAGAGACACGAUCGAGAUGAUCAAAAAGAGGCACCUAGAGGAGGUUCAAGAGCUUCAUCUCGAGACAACCACAAAAGACCUCCAUAUGACGUGACCUUCAAAACUACAAGCGAGAGCAAUCUUAGACGCACCAUCGGCCAGUAUGCAACCAUGUCUAGAUUGGCGGGAGACGUCGGCAUUCUCUUACAGGAUGCAGAGGGAAAACUAGAAGAGUUACGCAAGACCGAUGAACGGCUAUCUGGGCUAGGCCCGGUAGGAACUGAUGUUAAACGAUAUAUCAAAAAGGAAGAAAAAGAUCUCAAGGGAGAAGAACCGAUGCAAAGAGGAGGUAAUGUAAAAGCUCAUGAUGACUUAUCGAAAGAUGUUCCAGGGAGUUCAUCGGAGACAUCGGAGACAACGAGAACAAUGAAGACAAUCGGGGUGUAUUUACGGCUCACCUUAGAUCGAUAUAGUGGAAUUUUGAAAUCAGAUGAUUGUCAGAAGAACGAGGAUAAGAAGAAAGUAGUACAGGAACUUCUUUCAAGUUCUUUGAAACUCAAAGCAAAACAUGAGGAAGCACUAUCUAUUCUUGCGAUAGAUAAUCCUCAGGAACAGAGCAGAGAAUCGAGGAGUGAUACGCGGGUUUCUAGACCAAAGAAUGCCAGGAAUCAUACGGAGCAUGCUCGUAAACCAUUAUCAAAGAGCAGUUAA